AUGAACAGCACAUUGCCAAACCGAGGCAGCAAUAUCCCGUAUACAUUUGACCCAGGGAACAAUGCUAGCGUGGACGUAGGCAUAGUUUCACCAGCCAACACCACGCAAGAUAGGCUCGUUGUUGGUGUUGAUUUUGGGACUACCUACAGUGGUGUUGCAGCUGUCUAUAGUGCGACCCCUGAUGACAUCGACAUAAUCAAAACAUGGCCAAGCGGAAAUGGUAUCACAUCGGACAAAGUACCCACCGAGAUCGGUUACAGCGAGAUCCCUUCCUCCCAUGGUUCAUCUUCCUCGCUUGGACCGACUGGGAAAGCUGCGCAAAAUAUAAAAUGGGGCUUUCAGUUCAAGCCAGAGGAGACGCGUCUCCGAUGUAUAAAGCUAUUUCUUGAUCGCAAUCAGAAGCUACCACAUUUCGUGUCGCCGCUCGAAACCGCUGCUCAAUUACGCAAAUUUGACAAGACGGUCAUGCAGGCAGUCUCAGACUACCUCGCGCAGAUAUACAAACAUACAAUGGAGACUUUGACUAGAAGAUAUGGAGAGACCUUUAUAAGCUUGACCAAGGUCGAGUUUGUCUUGACAGUACCUGCUGUGUGGUCAGACUCGGCCAAGGAUGCGACAUUGAAAGCCGCAGAAAAGGCAGGCAUGGGCAAGAAACACGAGUUGAAGCUCAUUUCAGAGCCUGAAGCCGCGGCAGUAUAUACGCUAAAGGCCAUACAACCGAGCCACUUGAAGGUUGGAGACAACAUCAUCGUUUGCGAUGCUGGUGGUGGCACGGUGGACCUUAUAGCCUAUAGGAUCACUCAGCUACAUCCACUUCGUGUCGAGGAGUCAGCAGUCGACCACGUUAAGAAGCGCAUAGGGAGCGAACGCUACAAUUGGAUGCGGGAGAAAAAGGCAAAGACGUGGAAUAUGGGCAUGAAGUACUUUGAAGAAUCCGUGAAGCGCAACUUCAAUGAGGAGGAGCACAGCGAGGUGAAUAUACCGUUUCCCGGUUUACCAGACGACGAAGAGGCGGGGCUGGACUCUGGAUUCCUAGUCAUGAGCGCCGAGGAGGUCAAAGCACUGUUUGACCCGGUGAUUGAGGAGGUCAUACAUCUAGUUGAAGGCCAGGUGUAUAGCAUAAGAGCAAAAGGUGGCUUCGUGUGUGGUAUCGUGUUGGUAGGUGGCUUUGGACAGAGCAAUUACCUCUACAGCCGGAUGAAGUCGCACUUCAACAGCGCACCCCCGCCUCCAUAUACCGAAAGACCAACGCACGCCAUAGCACUCAGCGCGUCACAGUCGGUCGAGAUAUACCAGCCCAUCCACGCCUGGACGGCAGUCGUGCGCGGCGCGGUACUUAGAGGUUUGGAAGGCAACAUGGUCAUCAGCAGACGAAGUCGCUGGCACUACGGAACCAGCUACGCCACCGUCUUCGACGACACAAAACAUCCCAUGUCCGACCGAUACUGGAGCCCCCUCUGGGAGCGCUGGAUGGUAUCCGACCGCAUGCAAUGGCACAUCGCAAAGGGCGCACAAGUCUCCGAAUCCCGCCCCAUAUCCUUCCACUACACACGCAACUUCCGCCCGGGCCAAUCCCUCAUCGUAGAAGACGACCUCAUCGCCUGCGACGCAGACGUAGCGCCCGAGUCUUUCCAAAAAGGACUGAUUAAUGUUUGCACACUUACUACGGAUUUGAACACUGUGCCUAAGAGCCUUUUUACCAGGUUGACAACGACAAAGGGGGUUGAGUUUGAGAAUUUGGAUUUUACACUGGAUAUGCGGUGUCAGAGUGCGGGGCUGGUGUUUGAGUUGAGGGUUGAUGGGCACCCAACACCCAUGUUUGGUAUACUGGUACAUACUGCACCUACAGAACCUACACGUUCAUCGUCCCUGGACGAUCUCGUGUUCGGCAUUCGGAACUUCGUCUACAGCGAGUCCGCAAAACACCAAGGCCUGACCAAGCCCGAGCAAGGGAAUUAA